AUGGAGUUCCACAGGGUGCAUAAAACCUCUCACCAUAGCCACCUGGGUGACGAGAAGCACCAGAUGCUGAACCUGAACCAACGCCUGGAGACCUACCUGAGCCGAGUCAAACUCCUGGAGGAGGAAAAUGCGCUGCUUGCAAAAGAGAUCCAAGCUUUGAGGCGCAGCAAUCACGGAGCCUCGACACCGAAGAAGGGCUUGGAGGAAGAGCUGCGGCAGGCGAGACUGAAGGUGGAUGCAGCCUGGAGGGACAGAGUCCACACAGAGCUGGAGGUUGGCAGGCUGACCGAGGAGCUCCAAGCCCUGGACAUGCAGAGGCAGAGGGAGGCUCAGGCCGAAGUGACAGCCAAGACAAAGCUUGAGCACAGCAGGAAGGAGCUGGAAGAGGAGCAGAGGGCACAGAUCUGGCUGAGGGAGAAGGUCAGUCAGCUGGAGCAUGAGAUGAGGCACCUAAUUGAAACCCAUCAGGAGGAUGUGGCUCACUUGGAGGCCACUUUGACCCAUUCCAGAGCCACAAUGCCACCCACACUGGCUCAAAGGAGCAACCAGACACCAAACCUCCUACAGCUGGGACAAGAGUACUCCCAGAGGGCCACCAAGGCAUGGCAGGAGGCAGCAGAGGCCUAUCAGGGACAGUUAACCCGGCUAGAGGAGUCCCUUAACCAGACCAAGAGCCAUUUAAGCCAAGUGGGUCGGGAGAAGCGAGAGAGCCAGCUGAAGCUCCAAUCCCUGGAGAAGGAGAUCGCUUCAGCUCAGGACGUCAGGCUGCAUCUGGAGAAGACUGCAGCCCAACAGGGACACAAAUACAGCCAGGAUAUCCAACAACUCCAGGAGCACUUGGAGGGCCUGGAGGCGGAGAAAGAGGAGCUGGGCCAGCAGAUUGAUAGCCUCCUCCUGGAGAACAGAGGGCUGCUGCAGAUGAAGAUGUCUCUGGGGUUGGAGGUCGCAACGUACAGAGCUUUGCUGGACAGUGAAAGCCUCAAGGGAGACAUCUCUUUGUUAAAUCAGCCAAGAAACAUUUCCAUCACAGAUGCAGCUUUCAGUCCCCGAGGGGUAAAAAAGAAUUACCAGACCCAGCUGUUUGCUAGCCACAAGACCACUUCCCUCUCAUCUGUCCGUAACAUAACAGGAAAAGGGCCAUUAGCGAUAACUGCAAUGCCAGUCUGGAGUAGAAAACCUGUAACCCUCAGUGAAACUCCUAAGAUUUCCAUGAAAUCUGAAUAUGAAGACAAAACAAAGUCAGCAACCACUUAUCCAAAAAUACUGCAGGAUGGAGCCGUUGAAAAUUUCCGACCACAGGAGGUUCAUGAGAAAGUCACCUAUGCUGAGCGUCUAUCACCUCCCAAUGAGCAGGAGGCUCUGGAUGAAACAUCAGGGGACAAAGAAGGUAAAGAGGAUUGGAGCAAUGUUACUGAUGAACCUCCUGAGGAAAGACCAGAUGUUGAGUCAGUUGUCAGUUGUCAGGUUGAGUCUAGCCUCAGCACCGAGACACCCUUCAAUGAUGAAGUGAAUCAGCAUCAGUUUACCUCACACAGCCUUACACCUUAUCAUAUCAGAAUGACAGAGCAGCCCUGUGGUUUCUCAGAUGAAUCUGAUAAGGAGGUGUCUUUUGUAAUACCUGCCAUAAAAAAAGAUAUGCAAGAACUACAUGCGCCAGUUGAUGCCUGGGUAGAGAAAGAGAGUAAAGGCAAAGAUGUAGAGCAUGUGCAAGAUGAAACCUCAGAUUCUGAAACUGAGGCAGUACUUGGAUCAGACUUUGAAUCCAGGACAAGCAGUCCAGUGUCUGAAUAUGAGCCUGAAGAAAGAGUGUUUAACAAAGUGACAGACUUUUGUCAAGAUGAAAACAUGUUAAAGGAGGAUGCAGUUGAGAUAAUGCCAGAAAUAAGCUGUUCUAUAGUAGGAACAAAUGAGACAGAUGUUGAGGAUAAGUUGUACCCUGAUGGGGAAGAGAUGGAUACAUGGGACAGUGUGAUAGAAAGGAAGGUUGAUCUGAAGACAGAUGAUGACAUAAAAGAGAAUGAAGAAAAAUGACAGCAUGCUGAACCAGAGGAAGACAUAUCAGCAAGAGAACAAGAGCACGAAAAGAGAAAAAUUGCCACAGAUGUAGUGCAAGAUGACAACGUGGCCUCUUCAAUCAUGGACAAUGAUGGACAGCAUGCUGCGUUAGACCAAGAGCAUACCAUGCUUCCUGAUAACGAAGAAGACAAUGAAGAGGAGGAUUCUCAAAAUGUCUCUGUGUCAUGGAGGACAGAGCUGGAGAGUGACAGCUACGCUCAGGAUAACACUCUUGCUGACACUCGUCCUCUGAUUCGAUACAAGAGUGAUGAGACUGACGCCAAUACUCUAGCGUCACACUUGGAUGAGAGCGAGUCUAGUGAAGGUGAACAGGAAAAGAAGGUUGGAGAGACGGGAACUGGAACGUGGAGCGAAGACAAGUCAAAGAGAUUUGGAACUAUGGAAGAUCUGUGUGAAGAAGUUGAAGGGGAAGCAUUGGAUGUGGAAUAUGAUCUGGGAUACACUCAUAUUGACGACAGAGAUGUUGGACAUGGUAUGACUCUAAGUGAGCAUGCUACAAUAGUGAAUGAUACAGAAAAUGCAGAAGAAAUGGUCAGCGAGGGACUUUCGGAUGAAGAAACCGAAGAACUUACCAAACGCAUGGUACCCACAAGUGUGGAUUACGAUGAGGAGUUGGAGACAGACAGACUUGUGGAACAGGAAUUAGAAAACCUAGCCACAGACAGCUACAGUGCUCACUUUGCACAGCAGCAGGCCCGUGAGAGUGAGGAGAUGCUACAGCAGCGCAGGUCUGUUGAGGAAAUGACAGAGCAAGAAGAGGCUGGUAAAACAAAAACAGAGGACAUGACUCCCUGUGUAGAGCCUGAAGUGAAAAACCACGAAGUUGCGUCUUCCACUACAAUUACAGAUUAUGAGAACCUAUAUUUCAGUGAUUCAUUAGUGGUAGUGCCUCAAACAGACACUCUGGCUCAUGAGUCUGUCCAGAAUAAAGAACAAGAAGCACCAGAGAAAAGGGAGGAAGAGAUUGAAAACAAUGUGUCCAUGGUGACACAUGCUGAUGUAACAGAAGAUCACUCUGUCUUUAGUGACUUCAUCAGUCAGGUUUCAACAGAUCAGGGAAACCUGCAGGAGGUGGCUGUCAACACUGAGGUGAAAGAGGUUGUACCUGUGGAACCAUCCACUGUAUCUCAAGAACCCCUCAUUGAGGAUGUUGCAGACUGUCAGGAAGUUCCAGAAACAGCUGAAUGGGAAGUCCUAGAGAACCCAAGUAAGGACUUUGAAGUCAGAGAUCCAAAUGAAGAUUAUGAAGAAUGUGAUAAUGUGCCUAAAUCAGUUGAAAGUUAUCACCACGAUGAUGGAGGCUCUGGUGAGGAUCUAAUGACAUGUAAAGAGGAGACCCUCGAGAUCUCCCCCAACACGGUCCCUGAUGAAAAUAAUAUCUUUGUGGUGAAGGACUCAACAGAACUAAUGAACACAAAUGGCAAAGACAACGGCCCCCAUGGCUUCUUCAGCUCUGGUGUAAAGAAUGACUUCUGGGUGUCCUCCUUUGAGACCGGUGCCACCUAUCAACCAGAUGAUGCCUGUAAUGAAGCACCUGAGCAAACUAAUCAGAAUAUAGGUUUUGCUGACAACAUGGUUUGGGGGGAUUUGGAAAACCCCAAUGUCGUUAACUGGAACUCCAGGGUGGAUAUUGACUCAUCUAAAGCCCUGGCUGCUAAGAAGGAGCAGGAGCAGAUGCAUUUGGAGGUGAAGCAGGUGUUGUGUAGAAAUGUUGUUGAGGGGGAGUUGGUCCAUUCUGAGGAGUCUGAAGUUGAGGGUGAAUCCUGGUCAUCUGGGGAGGAACCGAUAUAAAAGUAGUGAGAAGUUUGAGUUGAACCAGUUAUAGAUUUAAUCAGUGUUAGUCAGAGGAAAAUUAUGUUUUCUGUACAAUACAUUUACUAUGAAAACCAAAGUUGUGCCUUGGUGCGCACCUCAGUGACGCUAACCACCAAUGUGCCAAUUCUAUCUGUAAAGAUAGUGAGCAACUGCCUCAUUUGCUUAAACUGACAUAUUGGACUAACCCUUUUUUUCUAUUCUAAUUCUAAACCCUUUCAGUGUGCAUGAUAUGGAAGAAGGUUGGGCAUUUCUGCAUGAAGACAGAACAAAGAAUGUAAUUUGGAAGUCAAAUCGUUUAUUGAUUUCUGCCUAAUCUGAUGACUGAUGGAAAUCAAUGAGAGCAGGAGGGUAGGAUUCCUUGUAGAGCUGCUGUUUCACAGUGUAUCAAACAGAUGGAUAGUGUUUCUGCUGGUUAGUUAUCUCAUUUCCAAUAAUAAUAAUUUGCAUGUUUUACACGUGUAGAAUGAAUGGUUGGUUGUCAGAGGUUUAGAUGACAUUGAUGUAAGCUGAAUUGGAUAGAUUUACUGUUAUGAUCUAUUUGUCUGGCUUGUAUUAAACAGACUUUUUAUUUUCAUUCAGUUUUUGCUGCGGUACAUUUAAAGUCCAAAAUAAAU